AUAAGCUUGACAGAAUCCCAAAAACCCUGUGAAAACGAUUCGUGUUGACCCCUCAACUUCGCAUCGUCGCGUCGCUCGGCCUCCGUCGUCCGUUGGGUCACGGCAGAAGAUCAACUCCAUCCAUCUCUCUCUUGACUGCCCUCGUGAUACCCACCUUUGUCGCACCACACACCCUUCCUUCUGUUUCUCCUCUUCUACUUUGCUUUCCCUCCCCCUCUCUCUCUAUUCACCUCUCUUUCUUUGAGCUUCCCCAAACUUGCUUCCUUAAGACGACUUCGCAAUGCCACUCCUGGCCACAACUACGUUUGCCGCCGCGGCGCGGUCGAUACCCAUCACAGAAGCCGUGUCUGGCAUUUUUGGCAGCAUCAGCUUAACCUCUUGGAUAUGCCUUCUCCUCCCUCAGCUGUUCACCAACUACAAGGCCAAGAGCGCCGAUGGCCUCAGCAUGGCGUUUCUCGUCGUCUGGCUUCUGGGCGAUGUCACCAAUCUCGUCGGUGCCUUGUUCACCCGCCUAGCUCCCACGGCCGUUGCAUUGGCCGGCUACUUUUGCAUUGCCGACCUCGUCCUCAUCAGCCAGGUUCUCUACUACAACGCCCUCAACGCCCGUCGAGCUCGCCGUGCCGAGAACGAGGACCCCUCUGAAGAGUCGCCCCUCAUUGGCAACCAGCGACGGCGACGAAGCUCUUCUUUCGGCCUCCCGGGGUCCCAGCGCCGCCAUGCGACGCACACCGAGUCGUCGAUGGAGCCCUUGAGGAAGAUUGUCACGGGCGAGGAUGAGACUCCCGACAGCAGCCCCUGGGUUCACAAUGCUCUGAGUCUGCUGGCUGUGUAUGCAAUUGGAUUUGCUGGCUGGUUUGUCUCGUACAAGGUCGGUGCUUGGGGCGGUGCCGAACCCGGCACUCCCGACUCGCCUGACCACGCCAAGACCGGUAUCGAGAUUGCUGGACUCACGCUUGGAUACUUCAGUGCCGCUCUCUAUCUCUGUGCUCGAAUUCCCCAGAUUAUCAAGAAUUAUCGGGAAAAGUCAUGCGAAGGCCUUGCUCUUCUCUUUUUCAUGCUCUCUCUGAGCGGAAACCUCACCUACGGCAUCAGCCUCGUCGCCUACUCUCAAGACAAGGGCUACCUCCUCAAUGCGCUCCCCUGGCUGCUCGGCUCCCUGGGCACAAUUGCCGAAGACCUCAUCAUCUUUAUCCAGUUCCGGAUCUACUCCAACGGCGACCGAAGUAGCGCCAUUGCGGCGUAAAUGUGGCAAACUACGAACAGCGGUGAAUAGGUAGCGAAGAGGGCGGAUGGUCUAAUGUGCAUUGGAUUGGCGUUUGGUUAUUGGUACAACAACCUACAAGGGGAGUUAUGGAUGACUGGGCUGUAUAAUCAGUUCAUGAUUCAUCCUCAAGUAGACUAGCAUAUAGUAUCUUGCUUAGAUCAUGCUACUACAUUGGCAUCAUGUAAUUUUUUCUUACUCAUUUGGUUAGAGAUAUUCGAUAAGAUUGCAUUGG